UCUCAUCCCACACGCUCACACGCAAAAGCUUUUGCAAUUAUCGCCUCCUCUACCCUCUCCUCCUAAUCUUCUUACUCUCUCUAAACCCAUACCUCUUUUCUCAUUUCAGAAAUAUAUAUAUAUACUCUCUUUUGACGCACAAACACUUGUUAUUCUUGUUGCUCUUAUUGUUACCGACGUGUUGUUCUCUUUCUUGGCGAUGGCCGUUCUACGCUACCGCCACCACAGCCCCCACUUAUCAACACUCACUGCCUUCACUUUCUUGCUAUUCUUUUCUUCCUCAGCUACUACUCUUUCUCACCUCGGUAAUAGUGGGUUUCAAGAAAAAGAAGAAGGGGAAGGAAGUCGGUUAAGGACAACACUUAGUGACAGAUUUCUUAGUCAGAAAAGACUUGGAGGACCAGGUUCUUCACCACCCACGUGCAGAUCCAAGUGUGGCAGAUGUUCACCAUGUAAACCAGUUCAUGUCCCUAUUCAACCUGGUUUAAGUAUGCCAUUAGAGUAUUACCCAGAGGCUUGGAGAUGCAAGUGUGGUAAUAAGCUCUUUAUGCCUUAACAGAAUGAGGAAAAAAGAAAAGAUGGAACUGGAGAAGUGCGAACAAGAAGAGGGGAAGAAGGCAAGAAUUAAACAAGUGGAAAGAAAAGAGUUAUCUUUGUUAUGUUACUAUUUGGGUAACUAUUGGUGAAGGAAGGAGGUGGUGGUGAUGGUGUAGUGCUUUUCUGUGCUUUUACAUAUAUCAUGAUGAUGAUGAUUUUGCCACUGGACAAAGGAUCGUUGGGAAUGUAAGCUUGUAGAGGUGAGAUUACCAAGAGAGAUCUCUCUUCUUUCUCUAUCUUUGUUAAUGAUCUUUUCUUUUCUUCUUUUUCUUUUUUCUUCUUUUUUUUUUUCUGGGGAACUUGCAUUGAUCCAAGUUUAUUAUGCACGAGACAGAUUGGAAUUAAGUAAAAGCUGUAAUUAAGAUGAUGAGUUUCUUCAUAAGAACAAAAGUAGCAAUGCUUUAACCUCUCA